GAUCUCAACACCUUCGCCAACUCAUUCGGACUUGUCGUACCAGAACGGCUGACUAUUUUACCUAUACUCCUACGGACCCCGGCAUCCAAGAACGCUUACAAAGCACUGGACCCUGAUCUUCAACGCUGUGGUCCUUGGAACGAAGUCCUCGAGAAACUAGCAGAAAAACUCUGCCCCAAAUACAGCCAAGAAGCAGCACUGAUUGAUCUCCAGAACACUGUGCAAGGCGAUCUAUCAAUAGAAGCAUUCGCACAUGUUUUGGAAAGAAAAGCCUAUGAAGCCUUCGGAUAUAAUAACCCACACAGGGACCAGACUCUCAAGACCACAUUCAUCAGAGGACUGAAACCCUCUUUAAAACGGAUAGUCAUGAGAGCCCGACCAACGGACCUGAAUGAAGCCAUCGAAAUUGCCAAAGAGGAACAGUCGAUCAUCAACCAAACGACAGAAGACGAGGACAGGCUCAUCAACGCGGUCAAUCGAAUUCUAGGACCAUAUGCACCUAGAGACCAAAGCCCACAGCCACCGCCCCGAAGACGUUUCUCCAAUUACCAAGACGAUGGAAAUUACAGAGGACCCACGUCAUCAGGACCAUCACAGCCUCCCAGACGCGUUCACUGGAACCAACGAAGCUUCAGAGAGCCGAACAACCCUCCCAGAUAA